UUUACUGUUGUCGUAGGAUCUGGCAACCCGAGCCUAACGGCCGGUGGUGACGUAGCGUCAGCUGUCCGUGUUUGUUUAUUACAAGGGAGGUGUUGUGGCGGCUUUGGGGCUAAAAUAGCAUCAUUAUAAAAGUUUCAAGAAUGAUUUAAUGACGAGGAGGUGAGAUGACGGUGUGUGCUCUGUCCAUGUUGGAUGGCCUGGGUGAUGAGGCCACAGCGCUGGGAGGUAUGCUGCUCCUGCUCCUGGCAUUGGUCCUGGCCUGGCUCUCCACCCACGUGGCUGAUCGAGGCGAUCACAUUCUCGGCACGAUCCUUACCGUGGGUGCCCACGCCUCACUCAUUGGCCUAGGGGGCCAUGACAGCUAUGCGGUCGCUCCAUCCAGCUCAGAGUCAGGUGAACAACAGAGCGACGAGACAACAGACGAGGAAAAACAGGAGGAUGACGAGGAGGAGGGAGAAGGAGGAGACGAGCUGCUGGAUAUCCAAGGAGGCAGGAAGACAAUGAGCCAAGAGCGUGAGGGCACAGAGGAUGAUGAGGACGAGGGUGCGAGCAUCACUGUACGACUGAAGUUUCUGAAUGAUACAGAAGAGCUGGCUGUGCUGAAGCCUCAGGAUACAGUUGGAGAACUGAAAAGUAAGUACUUCUCUGGGCGUGAGCGUCAGAUCAAACUGAUCUAUCAGGGGCAGCUGCUGCAGGACCCACGACGCACACUGCUUUCACUCAACAUCACCCACAACAGCGUGCUGCACUGCCACAUCUGCCAGGCUCAGAGUCCACCCUUGCCCCAGCCCGAGCCAGACGACGGGCAGCGUGCUCCUGCUGGAGCAGGUAUCAGCAGCAGCUUGCGCUCAGCUGUUCUCACGUUCAGCACAGGCAGCCUGGUUGUCCCGGUGUUUGUAAUGCUGUUAGCUGUGGUCUGGUAUUUCCGCUUCAACUACCGACAGCUAUUCACUGCGCCGGCCACCGUCUCUCUGGUGGGAGUCACCGUCUUUUUCAGCUUCCUCAUUUUUGGCAUGCACAGCCGCUGAGGAUACAGACAGAAGAAGGAGAAAGGAGGCAGGUUGUUGGGAGAGAGGUAAAAAGGAAUCAGGGUAAAAGAUGACAUUCAUCUUUCUACUGAAAUGCAUUCAAUGGAAGGAAUCUGAAGUGAAACAGCAGCUGUGUUAUAAGGAGAAGAAAUAGUAGCAGACAAAGUACUCAGGGAGCCUUCUGGCUUCUGGUGCCAUUUAGAUGCCUGGUGUGUGUGUGAGAGAGAGAGUGAGUGAGAAAGCGAGAGAGUGAGUGAGAGUGAGGGAAAGAAAGAGAGAGAGAAGGCAAGAGUGAGUGUGUACGUGUGUGUGUGUGUGUAGAGAGAGAGAGUAAUGAUGCUGUAAUUAUGCUUUAGAUUCGUGUAAUCUUUAUAGUAAUUUAAUCUCGACAUGAGGCCUAGUUUGUGCUUAAUGUUUGUUUCAGCUCUCUCUGGCCUUUACAUGGAUUAACAUCUAUGCCAAUUCUGUUGUCAGUAUGUUUGAGGAAAAGAAAAAAGCUCUAACCUCAUCUCUAAUCUAUCAUAUCUGCAGCAUACAAGAAAUUCAGCCUUUUUCUCUACACCAAAAAAAGAGCCAAAAAUGUCUUUAAUCAAAACUCAUUUAUAAUAGAUGAAUAAGAUAAAAUUCUGUCAAUUAAUGCUUAAAUUAUGAAACCAUACAAUCUGAAAUCAAAUAAAAUCAGAUUUUAGGAUGAGACAGACAUCAUAAGCUUUGUACUUUUUUUUUUUUAGCUUUUUUUUUUCUUUCAGCAGUUCGAGAGAGCAUUCUGCAAACCUGUUACAUUUAAAUUGAUAUGUUGAUUGAUUUGAUUCAGCUUCUGUUCUUGUAAUAGAUUGGAAGAAAUAAAAGAUGUGAUAGAUGGGCAUUAGGAUGGAAAGCGCUGGAAUAUUCUGUUAAUGGCUGUUAACGACUGUUUUGUUUCUUUAUGUGCAUCACUUCGGCUGUACAGUUCAGUUAACUAAACACACGAUGCUGAAACUUUAACAAAUAAUCUUAAUUUCUUAUGCUAUGUGAUAUGCUAAUCAUGUAGCAUAUUUAUUUUUGGAUGAUUAACAAUUAUGUGUAGCAUACCAGCUAACAGUCCUUUGUUUCAGCUGACUUUUUUUUUCAUUCAUUCAUUCACAAUCAUUUUUGUUCCACAGUAUUACCUUUGAAAGGGAAAAUACAUCAUCUUAGUUUUAAUACUAGGAAAUGUUUGUUCUCUAGCAAUACACAUUGUGCUCCACGUGCACGGAAAUCAAGUUGAUGUUAUUAAAAAUACAGGGAUAACAAAUGAUAACUACAUUGUGUAAAUAAAUAUUAUAUUCUGUAAAUAAUAUAAAAAAGGUGAAAAUUAAAACUCAGAAAAUAUUUGACAUCAA